UGAGCCCCGCUGCUCAGCUGUCUGCCUGUGAUCCGCCAGCCCUACCCAGGCAUCCCCAGUGGUCCCGGUGGUCUCACCGCCCAGGUGGUCCCUAGGCCCCAUGUCCACUCAUGUGCCUGCAGGUCAUCUGUUACGUCUACUUCACGCGGAUCAUUGCCAUCCUGCUGCAGGUGGCCGUGCCCUUCCAGUGGCAGUGGCUGUACCAGCUCUUGGUGGAGGGCUCCACUCUCGCCUUCUUCGUGCUCACGGGCUACAAGUUCCAGCCUGCUGGUGACAACCCGUACCUGCAGCUGCCUCAGGAGGAAGCGGAGGACGUGCAAAUGGAGCAAGUAGUGACCGAUUCCGGGUUCCGGGAAGGCCUGUCCAAAGUCAACAAAACAGCCAGUGGGCGGGAGCUGUUGUGAUCAUCCCCCAUCUCUGACUGACCGACCGUGCUCCUUUGUCCUCCUUUGCUCAUACACAUUCCUCACUCCAGCUUCUCUCCAAAAUUGAGAGGGAUGAGUAGGAGGGGGACUGGUGUGCAUAAGGCUCCCAGAGGCCUGUUCAUCUGAACCCCGCUGCUCAGCCCUCUGCCUAUGAUCCACGGGCCCCAACCCAGGCAUCGCAGUGGUCCUGGUGGUCUCACCGGCCCUGUGAUCCCUAGGCCCCAGGUCCCUACAGCCUCCUUUCCCCCAAGCAUGGGGCAUCCCUGUUCCCGUUCAGGACCACCCCCCACUUGCAGUUGUACAAUAAUGUUUUGUUGUUUUUUUGCUACCCUGGUUUCUUGCCUUUUUGGGGGUUGAGGUCUGACACAGAGGUUGUAUUUACAGUUUAGAAACUUAUACUCAAUUGGGGGUGUGUUGCAGUAUCCGUUGCUUUACACAGGCAAUAAAUAUUAAUUGAGCAAC